CAUUAUAUAUAAGUAGAUACCGAUGUAAUCAUAUAACAUUAACUGAUACCAAGCAUCUACCCUUCAGUCUGCGUUUUUAGUAUUGAAUAUUUUGUUUUUGAGAUUUCAUUUGAAAUGGAAAGGUCCACACAUAUUGCUACUUUCCUAACGGUCAUGACUGUUAUUUGUUUGGCAGUUUGUUUGAAGGUGGAAAAUACCUACAUCACUGACGAUGAUAGGACAUGUGUGUUGUGUCCCCCCGGACACUUCUACACAAAUGACUGCGUGGUUGAAGACACAAGAGCCUUAUGUGAGCAGUGUCCUACAGGUACUUUUAUGAGUAGCCAUAACAGGGCUAUAUACUGUGAGAGAUGUAUGCCUAAUUGCGAAUCAUCUAUCCUGAUUACGGUUCAGAAGUGUACAGCUACAACCAAUAUGGUGUGUGAUUGUCCACCUGGAAUGAUACUCGAGAAUCCCAAUGACAAAGGUAAUGCCAAGUGUAAACGUUUUGAGGGAUGUGAACCAGGAUUCGGAGUACUCGAGCAAGGUACAUCCCUUCAUGAACCUAAAUGUGCGGAGUGCAUACAAGGCAAUACAUUUUCACCAAUAUUGUCAGCCAACGAGUCUUGCUAUCUGUGUACUCCUUGUUCAGAUGAUGACUUUGUACAGGAAUGUAACACUACACAUAACAGUAUAUGUAAUGUCCCACGAUUUGGAUCAGUGCAAGAAAAACACAACAUUUGA